CGAUUUUUAAUUGGUUCACGCGGACAAUGAUGUGGCGCAAAGUGGAUUGGUUCAACCUCACUUCCAAGCCCGAUCCAUUAGACCUGGCCCAAACCCCAUGUAUCCAAACAAACGGAAUAUGGUCUCAGUCUUUUGCAUUUUACUAUUUAUUUUUUAUUGAUUAAUUUACAAUUGAUAUAACUGUUAAUAUUUUUUAUUCGGCAGGAACAAGGGAGAAGAAAAUAAACCCAAAAAGGAAAUCGUCUUCUCCUCGGUAUCCCUUUCCGGUGGAGGCUUCAAAAUCACUUCCAAUGACUUCUCCAUCGUCAAUCCAAUCUUUAGGCUCUACCAAAUGCUUCCACUGAAAUCCUUCAUCGAUUAUUGUAAUGUUUGAGUUGGGACCAUUUGUUAACUGGGAACAUGAGAGGUCAAGAAAGGAAGCAUUGAUAAAAUUUUCAUCUUGAACUCAUCACUAUGUUAUUUACAGCUUCAGAAAAAACUUGGUUGCCAAUGAUUUGGUUAAGCAACUUAGUCUAGAUAAGAUCAUGAUCUAUUUUCUCUAAUUUCAGUUUCAGGUAGGGGUGGGCAACGGGACGGGACGGGAUACCCGUCCCGUUUUAAACGGGUAUCCAGUCCCGUUUGGAGACCAAAGUCCAUCCCAUAUCCCAAACCCAUAUGGGAAACGGGUACCCAUUUCCCGUACGGGACGGAUAACGGGUACCCAUACUACCCAUAAAUACCCAAAAUUUAAACCACUAAACUUUUAACAAAAGUUUAAACUUAACUUGUAUUUGUUUAACAAUCACAAGACACAAAAUACAUCCCAAUCACAAAUACUCGGUUUGCAAAUAACACAUUCAUGAACAAUCAAAACACAUAGAAAUAAAUCAUUCCAAGCACCAAAUUAUCAAAUAAGAAGUUUCAUUCAACACAACCAAACGGGAGGCAUGCUGCUACUUUUCUUGUGUUGCUGAAUGCAGAAAGUAUCCAAAUUUUUAGGUUCAUGGGAAGCUAAAAUCUAUAGCAGAGAAGUUGAGUCUCACUGAAAGGGUAAGGGUCCUAGGCCCAAAUGGCAAAUGGAAUUGAAAUUGCAAGGGUGAGGGCCGAAAAGGCCAAUGGGUUCUGAAUUGGGUUGGGCUGCCUUUGUAUUGAAUGGGUAUAACGGGUGCCCAUAUUACCCAAACGGGUAUUCGCGGAUAACCCGCGGGUACCCAUAUUAAGAAUGUACAAUCCCAAGUCCCAUCCGUUUAUAAUAUUACGGGUAAUAUGGGUACCCGUAACCCUUAAAAAACGGGACGGGUACGGGUAUACCCAAAUACCCGUUUCCCGUUGCCCACCCCUAGUUUCAGGUGCAAAAUUAUGUUGAACAUUUGUUGCUGCUUCUGGAGCUUAUUUUUAUCUUCUCCUCAAGCAAAGUUCUGGCUUUGAUUGCCUCUUUCUCUAUGCCUUGAUCAGCUGUGUUUAUUAUCGUUUUGUUAUUAUAUGUUGUAAAUUGUAAUAGUGAACGGAUUGAGAUUUGAUUACUUCAUUCUCUACUUUUUCCUUGGCUGCGUUAGGUUGCAGAAGAGAGAUACCAAUCUGGUUUCACUAGUUAUCCUCACACAAGUAGAUGAUCUACUUACCUCAAGUGAUGGACAAUUUUUUGUCAAAAUGUUGUACCAGAUGUUAGGAAACUUUUGUGGGGAGUUGACUUGUUGAUACUUUUUUUGCCUUGAAAGAUCAAAUUCAUGAAUUGAAUAAGCAUAUUUGAGUAUAUGAUAGUGAUUUACAGGUGCAUUGGUGAAAUGCAGCUGAAAGGGGGAAUAGCAAAUACCCAUGGAAGGUAGUAAACUGGUGCUGACGUGAGAUAGUGAUUCUUGGAUGGUGGUUUAAUUGUAUCUGAAUGCUUGUGCACCUUUACUUUGGAGGUAGAACAUAGAAGCAAACACUAAGAAAAUCUUGUAUGUUUCAAACUUUGGGACCAAAAAGGUAUAAUCUUUAUUACCAAUAGAAAUGAGACUCGGCGACUAUCUUGAUGGAGUUACAAAAAAUAGUAAGGUAAGUUUCUCCUAAUUUACAUACCACGAUGAGGACUGCAACAGUCGGUGAAACCUCUCAACUCCACUCUACUCUAGUGCGUCUCUGGCCACUUGAGGGUUUCUUUCGACUUGAUUGAUAUAUAGAAGAAAUCUUCUAUGGCGGGACACAAUAUAAACAUGACUAACAUAACAAAACAAAACAAAAGAAAACACAGGUUAAAAACUCCUUUCCUAUAUAUGAUGCAUUAUUUCGCUUCAUCAUCAAUUAUUACAAUUAUCAUAUAAACAAAACAUGCAGAUAAACAUGAAUGACCAAGUAGUUGACUGCUUAAUUUUCCUUUCAAAAUAGGUGGAAAAUAUCUAAUACAGUUUCUGUUUGGCUCAUAGCUCGUCCCCCGGGACUAAAUCCGGUUAUACUGCAGACCAAAGGAACACAAACAAGUAUACCAGAUUAGAUUGAUUGUCAAUCAGAAGCAUUUCACAAACAUCACAAUUCAUAGUCACAAACACAUUAAAGUUUGAUGACAAAAUCGAGUUGAUAUUUGCAUGGAUAUAUAGUUUGCAAACGCUUGAAGCAAGUGUUUUGGAAGCAGGGUAAAGAGUAAAGGUACAAAAAGGGCGGCAUCUAGAUUCACCUACCUACCUCUUCAAAGACACAUUAAUCGAAGUACCUGAAGCCAACCCUUUCAUUGGUGGGGAACUCAACACCUCCUACAACUUGGUUUCGACGAUUUCAACGGGGAAGCAACGCGGAGGAGGGGGGGCUCUCUUCGUCUUUGACCUAGGAUAGUCUGGUACUUUGGCGGCGGCGCUAUUUCAUCAAGGUGGAAGACGAGGGGUUUCUUUGCCUCUGUUCUACAUAACCAAUUUAGGAGGAAACAGUGUGGGCGAGGCGAUGGGAUCGACGGGCAAGUCACUGGGAGUGAUUUGGUAGAAGCCGCUGGCAAGGGAGAUCGAGGAAGUGUUGUUCAAUAGUCAACUCGUUUCUAUUCUGCGGAAUAAAUGUUCCUUGAAUUUGAAUUUAAUAAAUUAAUUACAAUAAAAACAAAGACAGAUUGUUUGACGGGGAACCUUUCUCCGUUACUUUGAGACAGACGGUUUGGACCAUUUCUCAUGGGCCACUGGGGGUUCGGUUGGUAUUUAGCAAACAAAAUCGAUGCCACAUCAUGGCCACGUGGACCAAUGAAAAGUUGUGUUACCAGUGCCGCAGUUUUUAUAGCGACACCAUAGUAUUGGCCUACUCCAUUAUCCACAAGUAGACUACUCCAUUAUCUAAUGUCACCUUAACACUUUUGUCCAACUAACUUCACUCAUAGAAACGCCAUCCCUGCCAAAAAGAAGGGGGAAAUACAAUAAUAAUGUGGAUCAGUCUUUACAAAAAAAAAAGGUCGGUCCAUUGGGCCAAAAGACCCCAAUACUGAAAUAGACAGGCAGAAGGCCCACAAUAUUAGAGCCCACUCGAAUAUCCAUGGAAGUUACAUUUUUAGCCCACCAAAGUUUUCUAAGUCAUCCAAUUGUGGCGCGUGGUGGCUGAUUGUCUUUGAGUGUGAGAUUAUCUGAUAACACUUGAAAAAUAAUGCUUGUCAUAUUGUUAUUUUUUAAAUUUCACUAUCUCGAUGCAUCUUUAGUAUUUAAUUGUUUAUACUAUUCUAUUGUUUAUUUGUGUAUUUUGUAUAUAAUUUUGUAUUUUUUUUAUUUUGUGUCAAAUUGUCGUUCAUCACAUUAUCGUUAAUCUUGUUUUCCAUGAACGUACUAAGCACAUUGAAAUUAAUUGUUUACUCUCUUUGUGAGCACGAUGUUUCAGGUGAUAUCUCCUCUCAAAUGAUUGGCACACAUUGGCAGCUUACCUGUACUUUUUACCACUCUUUGGGUACACAACUCAAUUUCACCUAUUGUCCAAACCUUAACAUUUUGUGACACCUUCGUGCUCCACUUCGAAAGAGUGGUUAGAUACGACCUCUGUUAUAGGUUGUUCCUUUUUAGAGGUGUUUAUCACAAUUAAUUUUUCUUGCCCGAAUCAAUUGCGCGAACAUUCAAAUCCUCCAAAAAUCAACCGUCAAAAACUCAAUUAAACACCGAUUCAAUAUUUGCUGAGAAUCUCUUCUCCGUCGAGUAAGUUCAUUCCCACUUAAUGACAUAAAUUCGGAGUAGUGUGUUGGUUUACCUUCCACGUUUGAGUCGAUUUUACAAAUUUCACCGGACCACUUCUUGAUUCACCUACGAUAUUCACCGUCCAAAGCAAUUGUAAUUAACUUAGGCUAGGGGUGGCAGUUCGGUAAUGAUCGUCCGGUUAUCGGUUAAUCGAAAUAACCACCUUCACUACCGAAAACCGACCGAAAUAGGUUUCGGUUUCUCGGUUAUUUCGGUUAUCGGUUAACCAAACCACUUUUAAGACCAAAAACUAUUUUGUCCAACCUCCAAUAACCAACCGACAUUCGGUAAUUUCGAUUACCAGUUAGUGGAUAACCGGCCGAUUAACCAGUAACCGAUAGCCGAACGGCCACCCCUAACUUAGGCAUCCAAAUUUUUUACAGCACACAUGGGGAGUAGAUGGAGCAGCAGGCAGAAGGGACGAACAAGAACGUGAGAGCGACAGCAUUUGUCCUCGUAAGAUGCAAACAAUUCAAAGAAAAAAAAAAUGAAUUAAAAAGAAGAAAGGAAAAAGAAUAAAUGAGAAAUUCCCAUCUCCUCACAGGUCUCAUGGCUGCCUGUCUCCCUCUCAAUCCGAUCUUAUCGUACCAUUGAAAUCAGUUCCCUUCUUCCCCCAUUUCUCCACCUGCCAACGAAAGCGAAAACGAUUAAAAAUACAGCACUCGGGAAAACGUCAAACCAUCUGGCCAUUCCCCGAAAGUUUCCCGAGAAAUCGAGUGGACAGUUUCUUUCUAGUCCGCCGGAAAGGGACAGCCAUUGAAGAAAACUGGAGGAGGAGAGGGCUUCUUGAUUUGCCUUGGUGGAGCCUGGAGGAGAUUUUUCCGCUUUCCCCCCCGCGUUCAAGCUGAAAUCGUUGAUCCUAGGCCACGAGUUUGCGUAUGGUAAUCAAAAGCUCUAAUCUUGGAGGGGCCGGAACCGGGUCAAAUCGCUAAUCGCACACCAUCUGUUCGAGGGUAUGCCUCAACCGGGGAAAAGAGUGUUCUGUUGGUGAAUUUUUUUCCCGUUUUUCGUGGCUCUGGUAUCGUUCUGGAAUUGUAGAGAGAAAGGGACGGAGGAAGAGAAGAGGGCGCUCAUUUUGGCGGUUUGUGUGACGUGGUUGCUAUUUGGCUGUGAGGAAUUAGCCGGGGCACAUUUAUUUUCCUCCUUCUGCUUACUGAAACGCGCCUUUUGUUUCUUUCUCCCUCUAUAUCUUUUCUUCUUCUUUCUGUUUCCUUUUGUUGUUUUUUCCAUCUUCUUGCUCUCUGCCCAUCAACUGCUUGAACAAAUUCCUCAAUGAAUAGCAUCGUUCAUUGGAAGUGGAAAAGUGAAGGCACGGAACAGAAGUGAAUUGGGUUUUUGGUUGGGGAAGCCUGGUUACCAUAGAUUGGUCGAUACAAUCGAAGUGAUCGCCUGAUCCGCGUAAGUUUAUGUGCUUUCAUUCCCUUUUCUAUUUAUUUUUCUUGUUCUUAAGACAGAAAUUUCUCAUCUUCUUUGUUGUUGUGGUGGGGGGAUUGCUUGAGUUCUGAAUCUCUUGAUUUUGCUUAUUAAUUCAUAUCUCUCGUCAUUAGACGUUCACAAGGGAGAAAAUAUCAAAAUACUGUUGCUUUGAGUCAGAGGUCAGUGGACACUUGGAUCGCUCCUAGGGCUGAUGAUGGAUAUUUUAACCUUAUCUUAGUUUCCAGAAUUUCUGGCAACUGGGUUGACUAUCUUGUUCCGCCCUUUAUCUUCUCGGAUCUUCCUUUUCAAUCAACUUCCUUCUUUCAAUAUUCUUUUUGAACUUCAUUACUGUGUGGGCUUAAGCUUCGAUUCCCUGUUAGUGUUUCUUAUUCUCCAGGUUUUUUUUUUUCCUAUGGUUCCCCAGAUGAAACAAAUCUCAUCUAAAUUGGGAGUGCCUUUCUGAACUUCAGGCUUGUAGAAUCAAAUCAUGGAUGGCCCUUACGAUGAUCAAGAUGAAGGACGAACCAACUCCAAUCUCCAGAUAAUCAAGUACUCACCAUUCCAGCCCUCCAGAUAUUCAUCACCAUGGCUGGAACUCAGAGUCUUCUACGUCAGAAUCAGCAACUUCCAGGUCGAUGGCACAACACCAGAGUUCCUCACAAUCAACCACAUCCCUCUAAGCCCGGACACCCUCCUCGAAGUCAAUGGUGUUAGAAGCAGUAUCUACUCCGAUGGCGCCCCAUUGCUGCUUCGAAGGGAUCGAGUAGACAAGAAAUCCGAAGAAGUCACGUUUGUUAGCACGGAUAGCAUCAGAACUACAGGGAGUGUGAAAUUCGACGUGUUCGAUAAGGAUGAUCUCGUCCUUUCUGGUACUAUGGAGAUGUCCAACAGUAAUGGCUUCACCGGAGAAUGUAAAGGCAGUGUGAAGCGAUGGAGCAUGAAGUGUGAAUCAGAGGGCGCCACUAGCUUCUUGAGAGGGAAACAUGUUAAUGGUUCUUCAGAGAAUACAUCACUCCCAGCCAUAGAAGUCUAUGUGACCGGGUGCUUCUCCGGGACGCCCAUCAUAUUGACCAAGACUCUGCAGCUUACUUACAGGAAGAAGCAUAACAGGAAGGGGCAAUUGGAUUCGAUUCCUGAGGAUGAAACCACUUAUCCUCAGAAAGUCGAGUCAGCUCAGGAUGAUGAUUUACAGGUGGCAGAGUACAGAAGCUACAAACUGGAGAACGAGGAAGAUUACAACAUGUACUGGAGAAGAACAGAGUUUAUGGAUGGUGAAGACGGUGAGCUCUCCUGGUUCAAUGCCGGUGUUAGGGUUGGUGUCGGUAUUGGGCUAGGCAUCUGCGUCGGGGUUGGCAUUGGGGUCGGUCUGUUGGUACGAACCACCCGCAACUUCAAAAGGAGGCUCCUGUGAUUGGACCAUUGUCCCAAAAUGGUUAGCUAGCUAACUUUUCCAAUGGUUUGCAUAGAUGGUUUGGUUUUUCUUCUGACUGCAAGAUUUUGACUAAGAGAGAGUUAGUAGGGCACUGUUUAUUUAGCAGCUGACAGAGGAACAGAUAAGACUACCACUCCGUAUUUGUCUUUGUUUUUUCUUCUCAUAAGGCCUGUAAUAUUAAACACCCUUCUGUAAGCUAGGAGAAAGUGUUAUAUGACAGACAGUAGUAAUUAGUGUAUGUAAACCUU